GCUUUUACUCAUUGAAUAACAAAAAUGGCCGAUCACAGUCCUUGGUUGUCGGCAUCGGACGCUGUCCAGGACUUGGGACCGACCAUGGACACGACACACGAGUUUGAUAAUGUGCUCUUCAACGAUUUAGACGAUAUGAUAAAUUUCAUCAAUUCAGAUGAACCCACUACAACUACAGAUGCUUUAUUUGGCGAUCCAAUUGAGGUAACCAGUCCGCUGCAGGAGCCUCUACUUUCACCAACUUCUUUCCCAGUGAAGCGAGAAAUAGAGCCUUUAGACUGUAUUAUGCCAACACUUCCUGUACAGUUGCCACAACAGCAGCAGCAACAACAGCAGCAGCAGCAGCAACAACAGCAGCAGCAGUUGCUGCAACAGCAGCAGCAACUCCAACAGCAACUAACACAGCUACAGGCAACUUUACAAUUAGCUCAGCAGCAACAACAGCAGCAACAGCUACAACAACAGCAAAAGCAGCAGCAGCAGCAACAGCAGCAGCAGCAGCAACAACAUAUAGUAGCUCCUGUUCAGGUUUUAAGUCCAGCACCAAGUACACCGUUAUCACCAGCUCUGAGUAUCCAGUCUGUGCCUUCUCCACCUGCAACCACACCAACUAUAAAAGCUAGUCCAAGUCCGCAACAGGUGCAGUUGAGCACCAAGCCUCUUCAGCAGCAGCCACAACCACAGCAGCAGCAGCAACUUCUAAACCAAACUCUGCAACAGCCAUCAUCACCAAGAUUUCAACAGGUUCUUCUGCAGUCUCAGCCAAUUACAACAUGCACAGCUACUUCUAUUCCUGUGGUCACCACAGUCACAACUUCACCGCUGCAAACCAUUGUGGGAUCAGCCAAUAUACAGUUGACCAGCAUCCCCAUGAUACAGGUUGAGGCAAAAGAUAAACUACCAAUCAGCAGGAUAAACUGUCCGAGCAAUGGGCCACCACUAGUAAAAGGUGAAAAAAGAUCUGCCCAUAAUGCUAUUGAGAGGCGCUAUAGAUCCAGUAUAAAUGAUAAAAUAAUUGAAUUGAAAGAAAUGGUGUUGGGAAGGGAUACAAAGAUGAACAAGUCUGGAAUUUUAAGAAAAGCAAUUGAUUAUAUAAAGUUCCUGCAGAAUUCCAACCAUAAAUUAAAGGAGGAGAAUAUGAUGCUAAAAAUGGGACUAGGAAAAAGUGGAAUCAUUCCAACUACCAUCAAACAAGAAUCGCUGGGUGAACUCAGUCCUCCCCCGUCUGAUCCUGGGUCACCAGAGCGCAGUCCAGUUAGUAGCAACUGUACAGAUCCCCAGAGCCCCAAGAUGUUUGAUGAUGGAGAUCAGGAUAUUGAUGAUGAUGAAGAUGAGGAUGAUAAAGAUAUUAUCAUGCAGCAAACUGAUAGCUUUCCAAACUGCACACCAAAAGUGAAAUCUGAAAAACUGCCUCGCAGUAGCUGUGGGAUGCUGGACCGCACUAGAAUGACUUUAUGUAUGUUCAUGUUUGGUGUCCUGCUUUUCAAUCCAUUCAAGUCUAUGAUGAAAGGAGCUACUGGUGGCGGUGGUCCUGAUUACAUGCAGAUGCAUGGUGGUGCUAGAACUUUGAUGGGCGUGGGUACAGAUUCAGUUGAUCAAAGCUGGAUUGAAUGGUUGCUGCCUUCCAUUCUUGUUUGGUUGAUUAAUGGGGUCAUGGUACUGGGGGUGUUCACUGGCAUAUUUAUCUAUGGUGAACCAGUUCUACAGCCUCACUCAGAAGCAGCUGUGAAAUUCUGGCGCUACAGAAAGCAAGCUGAUAGAGAUCUUGCCCGGGGUGAUCAUUCAGCAGCUGCAGGUCAUCUGAGAACGUGCUUGACUGCCCUGGGAAGACCUCUGCCAACUUCUAAACUGGACUUGACUGCCAGCACUUACUGGAAUGUCUCUAGACAGCUGUUGAAUCGUAUCUGGGUUGGCAAAUGGUUAGCUUGCAAGGCUGGAGGAUUGUUCAGUAACUGCACAAGUGAUAAGAAGAUUGAUGCCAAGUUAUCUGCAAAAGAUGGAGCAUUGGUUUAUCAUAGAUUACAUCAACUGCAAAUGACUGGUCAUGAAACUGAUGGUAUAAUCAGUGGUAUCAAUCUUGCCUUGAGUGCUGUCAAUCUGGCAGAGUGUGCAGGUGAUGCAAUCAGCAAAGAAACCUUGGCAGAAAUAUACACUAUGGCUGCUUUGAGAAUAAAAACCAGUUUUCCAAUGAGGAUGCAUUUUCUUGCUAGAUACUUUCUGAGCUGUGCAAGACAUGCCUGUGCUAUCAAUGCAGGAUAUAUGCCUGCAUCCCUACAAUGGCUGUGUCACCCCUUUGGUCACAGGUUCUUUGUGGAUGGAGAUUGGAGUUACCAACCAAAGGAAGGACUGUAUAGUAUUACUGGCAACCCUGCUGAUCCACUUGCCUAUGUCAGCCAGGCUUUUCGAGAGUGCUUGCUACAGAAAGCACUGUAUUCCCUCGUCACUCCAGGGUCCAGCAGUGGUAAUUAUAACACUUCAUCUGUUGCUGAGGAUAAUAAAGGAAAAUCAGGGUGCCAGUCUUCUGAUGCCUUAAAGUAUCUGCAGCUGUUGGGAGAAUGUGCUGAUUCUGCUGGUGCUCCGAAAAAAACAAGUUUUGCCAUUGGAUGUAGUAUGUCAUCUGUUACUGGGGAAGAUCCAGUAGCUAAGUGGUGGUGUAACGUUCUUUCCGUUGCUUCAUAUUGGUUGGCUGGUGAUGAUGAUGCAGCUGAGAGGUUGUAUGGUAGCAUAGAGUGCAUUCCAAAACAAGUGUUAGACUCGGAAGAUCCUAUUGGUAAAGCCGUAUUGAUAGCAUUCAAAGCUGCACAGAGUUUUCUGACAGAAAGCAGUAUACGCAAAUGCAUACCACUAUGUGACAAAGCCAGUUCCCUGUUGAGAAAAAGUAUUGGACAUGGUGCAAAUCAGUCAGCAGAUAAAAUCACACAGGUUGUUCAGCUGUUGGUUUGCGACUGGUUGUUGACAACACGUACGGCUGUGUGGCAGAAGCAUUGUAGCCAUGCCCCAGAGAGUAACAUUUGCAGCCCAACAGAGCUUUUAUCAUUCCAACAAGACAUUGCCAGUCUUAAGAAGUUGGCACAAAUUGAAAAAUCAGCACUGCCAAAAGUUUAUCUGCAUGAAGCAACAGCCCGACUAAUGGCAGGUGCUAACCCAGCCCGAACUCAGCAGUUACUUAAUAAAAGUUUACGAAGACGUUGCAUCAAGAACCAGAAUACAAAUGAUACUGAAGUGAGUGAGAGUAUUGUCGGAGAGAGGGAACAUGCUACAGCCCUGUUGAUAGCAUGCCGACAUCUACCAGAACAGUUAUUGUCAACACCUGGUCAGAAGGAAAGCAUGCUUGCUGAAGCUGCCAAGUCUCUGGAAAAACUGGGAGACAAACGUGCCCUGCAGGAUUGUCAUAAAAUGAUUAUGCGUUUAAAUAGUGGUUCUUCGGCAAUUGCUACUCGCUAAUUCAAACAGUUUUAUACUUUAAUACACUAGUUAGUAGUUAGGCUGUAGCUAUUUAUUUUAAUGAUAAAUGAUUAUUACAGUUUUACAAAACAAAUUUUGUAUGUAAUUAUUCUUGAGCAAGUACAAGAUAUUCUAUGAAAGAAUAUAACAUAUUUUUUGUUUAUGGGUUGCAUCUCAUCUUGUGAAUAAAUUUUUAAUUGGAGACUG